GCCAGUUCAGUGCUCUCCUACUUUAUUCUGAACCAGCUGUUACUCCUCACUAUUGAAGACAUAAGCUGAAGUCUUUGACCGGUACUUGUACCUUCUUUUGACUCUAGUCCCUGUUGUGCGUUUGAGGUUUACCUCCAUCCCAGAAAGAUGACUUUCUCCAGCCUGUGCUACCCAGAAUGUGGGGUGGCCCAACCCAGUCCAGUUACUGGCACCUGCAACGAGCCAUGCGUUAGGCAGUGCUCUGACACUGAAGUGGUGAUCAGACCCUCACCGGUUGUCGUGACCCUCCCUGGACCAAUUCUCAGCAAUUUCCCUCAACACAGUGGAGUGGGAGCUGUAGGAGCACCUGCGGUCGCACCUGGUUUUGGAGGCUCAUUCGGUUCGGGGGGAUCUGGCCAUUACGGUUACGGGGGAUUAUUGGGCCAUGGGGGAUACGGCGGUUACCCAGGUCUUUAUGGUUACAGGGGUGUGUGUGGUUAUGGAGGAUUGUAUGGUUUAGGGGGAUACGGUGGUUACGGCCACCGUUACAGUUAUGAGGGAUUAUGUGGCUAUGGGGGAUUAGGCAGUUAUCUGGGUGAUUAUGGUUAUGGUGGAUUAUGUGGUUCCAAGGUAUCUUGCCAUAGGUAUCUCAGUGGAAGCUUUGGGCCAUGCUAA